UCCACAGUUCUCGCAAUUCGCAGCUCCUGAUUGAGCUGAUCGGAUGGGACAUUUCGUCGAACACCUUCCCAUCGUAUCACACAACUCAUCUCCUUCCACCCUCAGCAACGGUCCAACGUCCACGUAUCAGCAACCCAGAGCAUCGUGUCGCCUCUGCAUGUCGCCACGACAGCUCCUCUGAUCUUUCAACCCCCCCAAGAAGCCGGCCGGAGCUCAUCCUCCUUCCACCGGAUUAUCAGGGAAGAAGAAGUAGAAAUGCGCCGUGUGAAGCCUUCUGUGCUGUUCCCAAAGUUCAGUCCCUGCAGCUACAUCCCCCGGCGCCGCAACCACGACCACAGCCUCGAUGACGUCGGCUCCAUGGCCUCCCGCCUCCGGUCCCGGUCCCGGUCCGUGGUCCGUUUCAGCGGUCCGGACACGCUGAAGUUUCUCCAGGGCCUGCUGACCAAUGACGUGCGGCGGUUCGGGGAACCUGUGAGCGAGGCUGAGAGGACCUCGAACGUGCCCACGCCCAAUGUGUCCUUCGCCACCACCCCUCCCGUGUACGCCGCCCUGCUGACUCCGCAGGGGAGGUUCCUGUACGACUUCUUCCUGUACAAGCCGUCGAGGCCCGAGGAGCGGCUCGAUUCCACCGGGUCCGGGCCAGGGUCAGAUCGCGAUGGGGAGUUCGAGCUGUUCGCUGAUGUGGACUCCCAUGCUUUGGAUGAAAUCCUCCAAACAUUGAAACGAUACCGCUUAAGGUCCAAGGUGGAUAUCGAGAACCUUGCUAAGGACUUUUCUUGCUGGCAGCGUUUUGGUGGUAACCUCUCCUCCAAGUCCACUCCAGGAGAAGAACCCGAAGCCGCAGGAAUUGGCUGGGGAAGUGGGACCGACUGUGCUGGCAUGUCAGCUUCUCAAGGCAAUGAACGUGGCUGGCAGUGGUUCAAGGAUCCUAGGCUGGAUAUUCUCGGAUACAGGGGAAUAUUUCCGUCGGGAACUGAACCACCCUUGGUCGAGGCUGACAAAGAGACUGAUGAAGAGAAUUAUCUUCUGUGGAGAUUAGAGAAAGGUGUAGCAGAGGGAUCCACUGAAAUACUGAAAGGCGAGGCAAUUCCACUGGAAUACAACCUGGAGGGUCUAAAUGCCAUAAGCUUUGACAAGGGGUGCUAUGUUGGUCAGGAGCUAAUAGCCCGGACCCAUCAUCGAGGGGUCAUCAGAAAGCGCUUACUUCCUCUGAAAUUUCUCAACGAGACUGGAAAAGAAGUAGACCUGAGAGUGGCUCCAGGCUCAGAAGUUUUGAACACUGACACGGGCAAGAAAAUUGGGACAAUCAUGAUUGCCCUUGCUUGUCGAGGGUUGGGACUAUUGAGGCUAGAGGAAGCUCUUAGGCGGCCCAGUUCGCUUACCAUCCAAGGCCAAGAGAAUGUGAAGGUUGAGGCUGUUAGACCUGACUGGUGGCCUCUCGAGUGGUAUCAGGAGAACCAACAGAACAGUGCGGUUGCAUAAAGGGUCCGUGAAAUUUUCAGCGAGUGGAUCGUCGUCGUUUCGGAGGAGCCACCCAUGCCCGAAAUCAUUAUGUUAAUCGCAUCAAGGGGAUGCCGAAGCAGUAGGCUAGUGCCUGGAGUGGGAAUGCCGAAGCAGUCGGCUAGUGACUGGAGUGGAGUCGUACCGAUGAUUCCCGGGACAUUGACAUCAUAUGCCAUAGUGACUGGAGUGGAGUCGUACUGAUGAUUCCCAUGACAUUGACAUCAUAGACUGGAGAGGAGUGGAGUCGUACUGAUGAUUCCCAUGACAUUGACAUCAUAGACUGGAGUGGAGUCGUACUGAUGAUUCCCAUGACAUUUGACAUCAUAUGCCGGGAUUUGAAGAUAUAAUCCUUGUCUUGGCUUUCUUGGUCCCAGUUGGAAAAGAUAUAGAUUUCGUUUGAUUUCGGAGUAGGAUUUCAAA